AUCUGCUUCCGUCCGCUUACGCCGGAAGGAAACCUGCCGUCUUUUCCUUCCUUCCGUUCGGGUCAAAUCCUGCGCACUUCCGGUCUGGAGGUCCCGUGUUUGGGAGAAUCUGAGACCAAAAUUAAAGGACUGAGCCACGCGGCUGGUGUGUGAGUGAUGACGAGACAUGGGAAGAACUGCACAGCGGGGGCUGUGUAUACCUAUUACGAGAAGAAGAAGGAUACAGCUGUUUCGGGGUAUGGGACUCAGUCCCUGCGCCUCAGCAAAGAUGCCAUCAAGGACUUUGACUGCUGUUGUCUGUCCUUGCAACCAUGCAAAGAUCCUGUCAUAACACCUGAUGGUUUUAUAUAUGAAAAGGAAGCAAUUCUGGAAUACAUCUUGCAUCAGAAAACCGAGAUUGCCAAGAAGAUAAAGGCUUACGAGAAACAGAAGAACGUCAAAAAGACGGAGCUGGCUGAGCUGGCGAAGGCAGAGAAGGAGACCAAAGUCAAAGCAUUCCUGGAGAAAGAGUCAACCAUCGUGAGCAAGCCACUGAAUCCCUUCAACUCCAAAGAGGGUGAACCCCAGGCUAGUUCAAGCAGAAAACCCGCUCAGCAAGAGGAUGAAAAGCACUUGCCCAGCUUUUGGAUCCCGUCUCUCACCCCUGAGGCUAAAGCAUCUACCAUGAGAAAACCGGAUAAGACUGUCUACUGCCCGAUGAGUGGGAAGCCCCUGAAAAUGAACGACCUGAUCCCUGUGAACUUCUUGCCAGUGGACAGUAAGCUGGACCGUGUGCAGCUAAUCACAAGGCAGGAGCGCUACGUCUGUGCCGUGACUCGGGAUGUGUUGGGAAACUCCGUGCCGUGUGCUGUACUGCGACCCUCAGGGGCUGUGGUCACCCUGGAGUGUGUGGAGAAACUGAUUAAACACGACAUGGUGGAUCCGAUCAAUGGGGCAAUACUGACAGAGAAGGACAUAAUCCCCAUUCAGAGGGGCGGGACUGGAUUCGCUGGAUCCGGAGUGAAACUGGAAGCAAAGGAGUCAAGGCCAGUGAUGCAGGCAUAACAACGCGGUGGCUAUUGGAGCCCAUUGUCCCUCAGGUGUCUGACCAAACAAUAGGCUUCAACAAGUGGACGUUCUGCUGUGUUAAUUCCCCCAUCGUCAGCGCUUUGUUUAUGGAUUGGAGUUUAGUAGAACUGAAAUUUUUGUCCUUUUGGUCCCUUUUCUAUUCCCAGACUCUCUUGUUUUAGUAUCUUUAUAUUUAAUAAAGUCAUCCUCUUCACCA